ACUAAAGCAUGAAGGUGUCUUCCUCAGAGUUCACUGCUCCUCCAAGAUGACUGUUUGGUGUCAGAUUCUCGUCCUCCUGUGCUGCAUGCUGAACCUGGUGGAGUCUUCUACUCCAUCUCAAGUCCUUCAGAGGAACAAAUACAACAACUCCUUUCGCCUCGCAAGGUCCACCCGAACCCGUAUCCAGCUGCUGCAGAAGAAAUAUAAGGAGGAGAAGUGGUGGCACAAGCAUUUUGAGGACAGAGGCUGGCCGGUAAAUGGCCUGCCAUCUCUUUCUACAGAUUUCUACAGCUGGCUGAAUCUGACGGACUGGGAUCGACUGCAUGCUGCUUUCAGGGACCUGCAGGUCUACUGGACGAGACUGGAGAGGAAAAGGAAAGAACUGGAGAUGGAGGAAAAGGAAAAACUGGCGGGGCAGGCAGCCCGUCCUACUUUGUCUGAGAGAAUCAUGCACAUUCAGCUGGACCUCAGAGACCUGAUGAGUAAAAUCAGCAUUCAGAUGAGGCACAUGCGCAGCUCUUGGACGAAGCCCACUUCUCUUCCACAUUUAGACCCAGAAACCAGCCCCAGAAGAGAGUGGGACAGCCGACCGGAGGGUUACAUCAUUCUGAGGGAGCUAGACCUUUACCUCACCAAGCUGGCAAGAGACUUCCUUCUGCUGGCCUCAAAACCACUGAUGACUCGGCAAUAAAAAAAGGGCUGAAGAAAAGGGACCUUGACAACAAACACACAUGCUCAUAAACAAAGUAAGAAAAAGCUGAAUUGACAUUAGCACAAUAACUGUGAUAACUUCAAUCAUUCCUAUAGUAGAGUUAACAUCUUAGAGCUUCUAUUUUUAAAGAUGUCUGGCUGCAUGUUUAAGGGCUUUCUUGGGUAUUUCCCAGAGUUUCUGUCUCACCUCUAACUGUAAGUUCACAAUAACAUCCCAGAGCAGACACAGCACUUCCUAACAUCUGGUUAUUUCCCCACACCCUUCAUCUACAGGACUUUCCAAACAUGUAUUUGCUAUUUAUUGAUAUUUAUUAACUUUUAUUUAUUUCAAAGUAUUUGGUUUUUAUUUCUCUCACAACACAGAGAUAAAGUUGUUUACAGUAAAAGACUUUUUAUAUUUGAUAUAUUUAAAUAUAUAUUUGUAUGACUGACAAUAAAGAGAUGAAGCAUCUGAAACAGUG